AUGGCACCAACCGCACCGACCUCCACUCUACAGACACCUGGGCUUAAAUGGUGGCUUACACAUCUCGAAACCGACUUUCACCAUGAAAACUCCGUCGAACUCUAUGUCGGGGCACUCAAACGCCGUGUCAUACGGAACCCCGUCCCCGCAGCUGUUGGGACUGCACAGCUCUUCCUCCGCCUGAUCUCCUCAUACCGUUUCCAGAGCAUACGGCAGCUGGUCGACUAUAUUUCAGGCGUUGAGGAGCGGCUCUCUGCUGCACGUCCAAGAGAGAUGUCGGUCAGGAACAUGGCGCGAAGGGUUGUUGGGAUUAUCCGUGAGGAAGCAGAGAACAACGGAAUGGGUGAUCAAUUCCAAGAAGCGCUCCGUUCAGAGGACUUUGAGGAAGCGCUCCAAGGUGGUCCCACUGCACUCAAGAAACGUCCCUCACUCAUGACCGUCAAGUCAUUUGCGGUUGCGGCCUCAAACCCUUCGUUAACAAAUGUCUUUGAGAUAUUCUCUCACCCCUCCUCGUCAAUUACCUCAUCUGCUACGUCUUCACCUCCGUCUACCGGCGUUGCCAAGCCACAGUCCUCUGUGCAACAUGACGUCCGCCCGGCUAUAAUCCAGGAUAUCCAGGAACUUAUUGAGGAGCUUGAUUCGUGCGAGACGAAUCUUGCGGAGUAUGCGAUGAACGUUAUCCACAGGAAUGAAGUUAUUCUCACUUACGGGUUCCCUUCUACCGUCCAGCGACUUCUCCUUCGUGCCGCGCAGAAGAGAGAUUUUACCGUCGUUGUAGUUGAGGGAUCGUUGAAUGUAUACCGGAAGACCCACAACGCGGUGAUGAACAAAGAUACCGCCAAUGAAGAGGACGAGGACGCGGCUGAGCUUGCGGCGAGAAAGAGUCUUCAGGACCGCGGAAUUCAGGUUAUCGUUAUCUCGGAUUCCGAUGUGAUCAACUUCAUGGGCAGAGUCAAUAAGGUGAUUUUGGGAACAGAGUAUGUGUUUGCCGAUGGAAGCCUGCUAGCUCCUGCUGGAACGAAAAACAUCGUAAGGGCUGCAAAGGCAAGGAACACCCCGGUGGUAGUUUUAUCGGGGUCAUACGCUCUAUGCCCAAUUACUACUUUCUUCGAAGACCAGUGGAUUGAGAUGGGAGCACCUAAGACUGUUGAUUUCCAAGAAGGAUACGUUAUCGACAACGUGGAAAUGCCGAACCCAAUGGUAGACUUUAUCCCAGGAAGCUAUGUGGGAUAUUUCGUUACGAACAAUGGUAUUGUCGCACCAAAUGCGAUGUAUCGUGCUACCCUAGACCUAUACCAUAUGUCUGAAUGUGACCUUCUAUAA